AUUAAGAGAACAAUUUGUAAAUGUUGUCAAUCUCCCCUUAUACCUGGGGAAACUGCAAAAGUACGAUUAAUAUCAAAACCUAUAAAAAGUAUAAAAUGGACAUGUUUAACAUGUUUAAGUAUUAAAAGAUACCCUACAAAAAAAGGAUAUAAAUUAUGGAUAGAACAACCAAAUUCAGUAGUCCAAAUUUUUAAUUAUGGACCAAAAUUAUUAGAUGAUAAAUCUAAUAAAAAAGAAAAAAAUAACUUGGAUAAAAAAGAACAUAUGGAUAUUGAGAAGAAUUGAAUAUACACAGAUUUGAAUAUUUAUUUUCACAUGAUGUGAGAUGUGAUGAAUGUUGAUAUAUGAAUACUUUUUUUUAUCAAUGACUUACAUAAAAUAUGUUACAAUAAAUUUAUAACCAAUAAACAGAUACUUUUACUAACUAUAAUAUUCGUAACCACCUAGUAAUAUUAUGAUACUGAUAUUAGUUUUACAUUAAAUGUUUAUAGACAUAA